UCUUAAAUACACUCAAGUUAGGAAUUGCGGGGAAUCAAUUAAUUAAAUUUCCAAGAAUUCAGCACUUCAACCGGCGCCACAAAUCAACAGUUCCGUGGCAACCUCCGGCUCAUUCGUGGAUCGUUUCUUUAGUGCUCAUUUUUUUCUUGACUCUUGGACACUUUGCACGGUUCCCAGACUGCAAUUUUAGCUUUCAAUUUUCUUUCUUCUUCACAGUCACAAAAGCUUAGAAACUCCUUAAUCAUGGCUCGACUUGUAACUUUGAAAGGGGACAAAAGUUUAUGGGAUGAAAGCCACUACAAAACACACCACCAAGCUUCAACUUUUAACUCCUAUCUUAAGCAGUAUUAUCCCUUGAAUGUUCUACCUUUUAAGCACACGCAGCAUAACCUCAAAUUCAAAGUUACUUGCAGAGUCAGGGACAAAGAAAUAGAAAAUUUAGUAGAAGCCCAGAAAAAAGUAAACAGGUUUCGAGCAAUUGAGGAAUUGGACCAGAAGGAGGGACUUGUGAAGACUUUGGAGGAUGAAUUUGGAGAAGGAAAAGGGGAUAAAAGUGUGCGUUUUGAAUGGAAUUGGCCGCCAUUGAAGAAUAUACCUCAGAGAUAUAAGCUCAUCGGAACAACUUCUCUUGCCUUUGUUAUUUGUAACAUGGAUAAGGUGAACUUGAGUGUUGCUAUAAUACCAAUGUCUCAUCAGUUUGGGUGGAAUUCAUCAACUGCUGGACUGGUUCAAUCAUCAUUCUUUUGGGGCUAUGCUUUGAGUCAGUUGCCUGGUGGAUGGCUGGCAAAGAUUUUUGGUGGAAGAAAGGUACUUGAGGUUGGUGUUCUGGCCUGGUCAUUGGCCACAGCUCUAGUUCCUUUUCUUGCUGGGUACAUGCCUGGACUGGUUGCUUCCAGGAUUUUGGUUGGUAUGGGAGAAGGUGUUUCACCAUCAGCUGCUACCGAUCUGAUUGCCAGGUCAAUACCACUGGAAGAACGCUCACGGGCAGUAUCAUUUGUUUUUGGAGGCUUGAGUUUUGGAAGUGUUAUGGGGCUUCUUUUGGCUCCUCCAUUAAUCCAAAGUUAUGGAUGGGAGUCUGUGUUUAUCAUAUUUGGCUUCCUUGGCAUAGCCUGGUUCUUGGCAUUUCAGUUUGUUAAGGAUGAUGAACCUUCAGCAGGUGGUGCAUCAACAUCAGGGCAUCUAUUCUUUUCUGAAAAGAUUUCAUGGAUUGGGUCCUUGGAAGAAUUGGAAGGAUCACUGAAGGAUGUCCCUUGGAAGGCCUUUUUCAAGAGUAAAGCUGUGUGGGCCAUGAUAUAUGCUCACUUUUGUGGAAGUUGGGGUCACUAUACUUGUUUAUCCUGGCUUCCAACUUAUUUCAGUGAGGAGCUCAGUCUUAAUCUGACAGAAGCUGCAUGGGUUUCAGUCCUUCCUCCAUUAGCUUCAAUUUUUGUCACCAGCAUAGCUGCUCAACUGGCUGACUACUUAAUUACCCAAGGGGUUGACACCACCAGGGUGCGCAAAACUUGCCAAGCAAUUUCUUUCCUCUCUCCCGCUUCUUGUAUGAUUCUUUCCUCUUUGGAUUUGGGAUUGCCUCCAUGGGAGGUUGUAACAAUUCUCACUGGAGGUUUAGCGCUUUCAAGUUUUGCAUUAUCAGGUUUAUACUGUACCCAUCAAGAUAUUUCACCCGAGUAUGCAAGCAUACUUUUGGGUAUCACAAACACAGUUGGGGCAGUACCUGGAAUUGUUGGUGUUGCUUUGACGGGUUAUCUACUUGAUUCCACUCACUCAUGGAGUUUGUCAUUGUUUGCUCCAUCGAUAUUCUUCUACCUUACGGGUACAGUUGUAUGGUUAACAUUUGCGAGCAGCAAACCACAAACUUUCUCAAAGAGAGAUUGACUCUUAUCACUCAGUGCUAGAGGUGAUCGGUAACUCUUGAUUACUGACAUCACAUUAACAAUUUUGGGAGGACGAUUUAUGCUGAUAAUAACAUUUUCUGCUGUACAAACAUAAUUAUAGGCCUCUCAGAUUUUCCUUUCAAGGUUGAUAUAUUUUGUAAACAUAUAGUACCGGUAAAUCUUGUACAUGUCCUUCGCUAUAAUUAGUUGUGUUUUGCAUCUACAAGUUCCUUAUUCUAUUGAAACUUAUUCUGCUCU